UCAAUUCGCCAUGUGUUUUGAUUCGGAUAACCUGCGAAGUGAAUAAACAAAAAUAUCCAGGAGUGAGAACUUCGUCGAUAAACAUCGCCCCAAACGCCAUCAGCAGCCCCCGAGUCAAAUAAACCCCGACAAUUCGAUAAAUAGAAGCCCCUGACCCCCCGGAAAUGUCCCAAUCGCCCAAUUAAUCCUCCAACUUCAACCGCAUCCUCCAUGGCUCUCCGCCGAGUCCCCCUGCGCCACUUGAUCCGUCUCCUGCCACCUCGCGCCCCGUCACUCUCCCAAAUCCGUAAUCAGAGGGUAUUCGCAAGCGCGGAGAGCCCCGAGGCCCCUGGAGGCCCAAAAAUCGACAAAGAGACGAUAAAAAAGUUGGAGAGGCUGUCCCUAGUGGAUUUCGGCAACGAGGCAGGGAUAAAGCGUCUCGAGGCUGCGAUAAGCUUCGCGGAGAAGCUCAGGCGCUUCCCGGUGGACGAGAGGGUGGAGCCCCUGUACUGCGUCCUGGAGAAGGAGAGUCUUCGGUUGCGAGAAGACAGGGUGACAGAGGGCGGCUGCAGGGAGGCGAUCCUGGGGAACGCGACAGUAACUGAGGACGAGUACUUCGUGGCGCCUCCUGGGAACAUUCCCCUGGAGCAAUGACGUUAGAGAGAGUCCUGAAGG